CCCGGAAGCCCCCCAUUUUACAAACCAUGAGAGGAGGAGGUCCGCUAGCUAGGCAGCCCAGCCAAUCGCAAAGCAUGAUGGAACGAUGAAAGAGAUGCAGUUACAAUGAUGCGACUAGCAGCAUUCGUCGCAGUAGCGCUCGCAGCGGAGGAGCUUCCGCGCUACGCGACCACUAAAAGCCCAAACCAGCCACCCAGCAUAAGCUACUCCGGGCCGAAGGUAGCGGUGGACGAGGGCGAACGCUUUGACCUGAAUAUUGAUGUAAGCGACGCCGACGUCGACGAGGACUACGCGGGGCAGCUCGACGUCGUUUGUGCGGGCGGCCGCCUCGACGUCUCAAGCAAAGCGGGCCUCCGUUUCAGGGACGCCGCCGACGGCGUCGCGUUCCGCGGGCCCCAGGCCUUCGUGCGGAAGGCGCUCCAGCCAUUAGUCUACACGGCGCCUUCGAAAGGGCGGGGCGGAGAUGCAACAAUACGAUGCACGGUCGACGACCUCGGGUACUCCGGCGUGGGCGGGCCGCGCAACGCCACGGUCGCUAUUCCAAUCACCAUAAAAAACGUGAACGACGCACCCAUCAUCAACGCGCCGGCGAUGCUCGAGGUCCGCGGCGAGGAGCCUUUACCAAUCUCCAUGGUGGAUCCGGACAGCGACGUGCUUUCCUUGACCCUCCGGGCGUCGCACGGCGCGCUGCGGUGGGCGGGCGGCGACGCGGCUUCGGUGCUGGAGGCGUCGGGGUCCUCUGAUAGGCUCGCCGAGAGGCUCCUCAGUUUAACGUACGUGCCGCCCCCGGGAUACGACGGCCUCGCGACCGUCAGUGUAACAGCAGACGACCGCGAGGCCCAGACGAGCAUGACGAUCGCGCUGCGCGUGCGAAGAGACGACGCCAAGCCGGUCCUCAGUUUACAAGCUAUCAAAGCGAGAAGGGGCGAGCCCACAAAAGUGCUGCGCGCCACGGUCGAGGGCGACGCGGACGCGGUCCUGCAAGUUAAAGUUGUGGCCGAUAAUGGCGCAUUGACGCUGCCGGAGGCGCCGCCCGGGGCCUACGUGCGCACCCGCAGUGGCACAGAGGUCGCGUUCGACGCGGGGCCGGGAGCCGUCGCCAGCACGCUCGCCGCGACGACGUACGACGGCGACGCGGGUGUGAUCCGCGUGAGCAUUGACGGGGAUGAAACGUCGGUCAAUAUAGAAAUUGAGGAGAAGGAGGAGGCCGUCACGCUCGUCCGCGACGAGCCGAUCGUCAUCGCGCACUUGAAGACCAAUGGAGCCAUCAAAACGGAGGAGGACACGAACGCGACCUUCGCCAUCACACUCGUCGCGAAAGGAAGCACUAUUCACGAGGUCGAGGUGACCGGGAACCGGCUGGGUGUCGUGGACUUCGGCCGCGAGGAACACGGGAACAUACAUAAGCGGACGCGGCGCGGCGUCUGGGUCCGCGGCAACGCGACGAUGGUCAACGACGUGCUCACGUCGUUGGUCUUCGCGCCGGCUGCUGAUAGGCACGGCACCGCGUACGUCGACCUCAGUCUUGAUGGUGUCACAACAACACCGCUCCCGUGCGUCGUGCGCGCCGUCGCCGACCCUUUGGUGGUUGCGUGGGGCGAGGCCGUGCCCGGGGACUUCCUGCCUCCUCUGAUGAUCGACGACGCCGACGACGCCGACGGCCUCUUCGAGGUUCUUUUGAAGGGCGACGUCGAGGCGCCCGCCGUGCCCGGCGUUUACCAAUCCAAAACCGAGGCCGGCCUCUUACUAAAAGGCGGCCUGGCGCGGCUGCCCCUCGACCGCCUCACGGGAAAGGGAAGGGUCGAGGCGACGGUCGCGUGCGGGGACCGCUCGUCAAAAGCGACGCUCGUCGCGCACGCGUCGUCAUCCAAGGCGACGGCCCACGCGUUCGACGACGGCGGCGCCGCGGUGGUUGUUGGAAGCGAGGACGAGAGUCUCGCGUUGGACCUGCGCCUCCGGGCCGGCGGCGACCCGACCGCGGGCCUCGAGGUCGUUAUUGAAGCGGGCGUCGGGUCCCUGACGGUUGUCAAUAAACCGCCCGGCGUCGACGUUGUCGAUGACGAGUACGUCACGCUCCGCGCGAGCGCGGCGGACCUCAAUACGGGGUUAAAAGCUUUACGUUACGCGCCCCCGGAGGACUGGCACGGCACGGACCUCGUGAAUGCAACCCUUAAAGACCUCAAGGGCAACUACAUCAGCGCGCGCUCGCUGCUGGUGACGAUCGACGCUGUGGACGACGCGCCGCGGAUCACGACAAACAACUUUCAAGCUUCAACGCCGUCGACGCGCCUCGACGACGCGAUUUCUGUGGAGGACGUCGACGACGGCGGCCUCGUCCGCGUCGCCCUGACCCCGAAGCUCGGCUCUUUGACGCUCAAGCGGCCGGCGCUCGCUGGCGUGACGAUAGAAGAGGGCGCGGGGUUAAUAAUCCUGGGCGCCGCGGACCGCGUCUCGGACGCGCUGCGGCGCAUCGACUACGUCUAUCCGCGCGCGACGUCGGAAGAUGACUUGAUUGCGAUACGGGCCGCCGACGUCGACGGCCAGCUGGCCGAGGGGCUCUUUUCCGUUGAUGAAGUUGUGGUCCGGCGCCCGGAUCAAAUUAAUGGGCGGCCCGUACUCACGUUGGAGCGGUCAUCUAUAAAAGCGACGGAGGGGGACCGCGUGGCGCUGCCGCGGUGCGUCGUCGAUGAUCAUGAGGCCGCGGCCUUCUCUCAAACGGUGCACGUGGUGCUCCACGCCAUGCAAUCAAACGCGCGCUUCCUGGUCGUAGACACGGAGGGCGUCGAGGUACUGAAUGAAGACAACGUGCUGCGGCUGACGGGCACGCCCGCGCUCCUCACAGAAGUGCUCGACCGUGUGUCGGUGGCCUACCCCGCCGCGUGGUGCGGCGCCGACGUCGUGACCUACGCCGCUUCGGAUGGCGAGGGCCUGCGCGCGCGCAACGCGACGGUCGCCGUCUCCCUUGAAGCCGCGAACGACGCCCCUUUGGUAACGUUGGAGGCGUCCGACGCCACGGCGAGCGUCGGCGACGCCGUCGUCGUUGCAGCGACGUUCUCAGAUAACGACGCGAACGGCUGCGGCGACGCUAUCAUUAAAGCGACGUACACCGUCGUGCCCCCGGAUGCUGCUUCCCUCGAGGUCGACGCGCGCGGUCUCGCCGUGCACGUGACGCGCGACGACGAGAGCGUCGUGGUCGCGGGCCACCCCGCGAGCCUCUCCUCCACAAAAGUUUCGGCUGUGCCCGCCAAAGAGGGCCGUUUUGUGGUUGAGGUCGCGGCAGCAGACUCCGAGGCGGUAGCUAAAACAAAGCGCUUCGUCGUGACGGCGAACCGGCGGUCGUCGCCAGCCAAGCGCCGUCUUGAGGCGGCGCCCGCCUUCACGGGGUCGCUGGCCACGACGUUCACCGUAUCACAAGGAACCGUCGUGCACCUCGAGGCGUCGGCGGGGACGUUCGAGGGCCCCGGAGCUAAAGGCGCCGGGGCGACGUCCACGGACCUGGGCUCAUUACGCUACGUCCCGCCCGGCGAGAGUACGGGCGUGGCCCUCCUGCGGGCGUCGCUCGAUUCAGUAACCUGGGUCGAGGCCGCCGCGCGGUACGCGCCGCAAACGGGCGCGCCUUUUUCAAUCGAGGCGGCGGUGGCAUCCGUCACCACGGACGUCGGCGUGGCGGUGGCGCUGGACUUCACGCUGCGCGGCGGCGGCGAGUUCGUCGAGGUCGCUUUGGCCGGCGACGGCGUCCUGAGCGUGUCGCCGCACGCCGGCGCGCGCGUCACCGAGAACGCGACGCGCAUCGCGGGGAUGCCCGCGGCCGUCGCGGCGACGCUCUCUACUCUGAAGUUCGCACCGGCGACGGCGGGCCCCUCGAAGGUGUCGGCCGCGGUCGGCGACGUCGAGGCAUCUAUUGACGUGCGCGCCGCGGCGCCGCCCCCGCGCAUGAAAGCGAAGCACGACGGUGCGACGCGUCUCGCCGAGGACACGCCGGCCAACGUGACGGCGCUGUUCGAGUUGGUCGAUGUAGGUUACGCGCUGCCCGUCGCCGUCCGGGUGACCGCGGCCCACGGAACGAUGACCGAGACCAUCGUCAAGGGAACUAUUGAUGCCGUGCGAGCGGCGCUCUCUACCUUGGAGUACGUCCCGCCGCCGGACUUCGUCGGCGUCGAUGUUGUCGAGGCGGCCGUCGCGCUGUCGGAGGGCGUCUGGGGCGAGGCCGCGCGCACCGUCGUCCAGGUCACGCCCGUCGGCGACGCGCCUAUUGUAACGAUGGACGCCGAGAUGACGGUCGCGGGCGUUGCGCCCGUCUCACUGCAUAUAGAGGUGGCCGACGCCGACCGCGACGACGAGCUCGAAGUUGUCGUCGUCGCAUCGAACGGCACCGUCUCCUUGUCAAACCACGCCGCCGUGGCGGCCGGCGCGACCGUGAUCGACGGCCCGGAUGCGGCCUGGACCGCGCUGCCACAGUGCGGCGGCGAACCCGUUAAUGGUUCACAGGUGCGCCUCGCGGGCGACGCGGCGCGGCUGCGGCGGGCGCUCGCGGCGGUGACCUACGCGCCGCCAUCGUCCGUGGGCAUGGAUGAUGUCCGAGUCAUCGUCCGAGACGGCGAGGGGCGCUGCGCGUCCGCGUCGGCGGACGUCCGGAUCACGGCCGCGGCGUCUUCAUCAUCAACCGUUUCGCACGAGGGCGACGUGUUCAUGGAGCUGCUUGAAGAUACGACGGGAACGCUGCCUCCACUCCAGCUGGAAGGCGCCGGCGCGCUCAACGUUUCGGUCGAGGCGUCGUGCGGCGGCAUUUUUGAGCUCGAGGCCGGCGACGACGUCCGGGUUUGGAGUGAAGGCGCGGCGCUGGGGUUCGAGGCCUCUAACUCAAAAGCCGCCGCGGCCGCGCUCGCGCGCGUCGCGUUCACGCCCCCUCACAAUUUUUACGGCGGCUGGGGCGCGGAGACCUUCGAGGACGCGCGGUCCGACGCCAUCAAACGGUUCUGCCGCAGUCUGCGGGAGGACCCGCCGUCCUUCGCUUUGAAAGUGCGUUCGUCGGGCGAUAUGGGCUGGACCUCGAAGACGCUCCGCCUGAACGUCCUGCCGCAGAACGACCCGCCCAUCUUAACAAUAGACGGCGCCACGACGGCGGUCGCCGCGGACGCGGACGGGGCCGCGCCCUGGUCGCGCGUCGGGGCAGGCAUAUCGGUGAGCGACGCGGACGCGGGCCUCCUCGACGUGCGCGUCGCAUCCAAAAAAGGUGCGCUGCGCCUGUCGCCGGCGGCGACGGGCGUCGAAGUCCUGGCGACGCCCUCCACCGAGGUGAGCCUGCGCGGCCCGCCGCGGGCCGUCGAGCGAGCCUUGCGGGCCGCGCUCGAGUUCCGGCCCGCGGCGCCGGGCGUCUCGACUCUGAACGUCACGGCGCGCGACGGCGGCGGCUGCGGCGCCGGCCCCGAGGGUAUUGCGGAGGCCCAGCUGUCCGUGCGCGCCGCGGGGUCGCGCGUGGGCCUGGCCUGGGCGCCGGGCCAGGUCAACGCGACGACGGCGGACGUCGUGUCGGUCGCGCCGCGACUCUACGCGAACGGGACCCUCGCGACAAGCGCGGAAGGCGCGGUGCGGCUGGAGGUCCAGGCCACGAACGGGCGCGUGGCCCUCGGCGAGGACCGGGUCAGGUUCCGGGAGCCGCCUGUCAAGUUCCGGCUCGACGUCGAGAGCGGCCCCGCCGCGCAGAUGGAGGGCGUUGCCGAGGUCUGGACCGUCUCGACGAGGGCCGACCAUGUGUUCGGCCGCCAGCGCAUCAAGGUCGAGGCGGCGGCGUCGGGCGACGCCGCCGAGGCCCUCGGGACGGUCGCGCUCGAGAUUGGUUUGACGCACCGCAACCGGACGAGCGCCGCGUUCUUCGAGCUCGGUAGUACUGCUGAGGCGGCCCGGACGAACCUGUUGGACGCGCUGGGCGAGGUUGUUACAUUAGGCCGCGUGGACGUUUCCGUCGAGUUCUUCGGGGCGUCGAAACCGGGCUUCGGCGCCGCCGAGAUCGAGGUGACGACCUUCCAGAACGAGCCUCUCCCUCUCUUGGACAUCUCCGUGGACCGCUGCGGGCCGACGGUCGAGGACGGGACCCUGGUCGAGGGCGUGUCGCGGGCGUCGAGUUGCACCGCGCGCGUCGCCGAGAUCCAAAAAGCCACGACGACGCCCGACGUCCAGCGCAUCUCCAUCCGCGCGAACCACACGUUUGAGGGCGGCACCUUUACGCUCACGUACCGGUCGCCGACGCGGUACGAUAAACCGACGUAUGCGGACGGCGACUUCGAGACGCGGCCUUUACAAUACAACGCGACGAUCUACGAAGUGCGGGACGCGCUCGAGCAGCUGCCCGGCGUGGGAUUGGUCGACGUCCAGCGCAUCGCGCGCGACGCGCGCAUACCCCUCGCGAACUACUUCUGGUGCACCGCGCGCGAGAACACGGACGCGCCGACGCUGACGGCGGCGCCCACGUUCAACACGCUGGAACCGUCGGCCAAGCCCUCCCAGAAACCGUCGCACUCUCAAGCGCCGACGUACCGCACGCUCCAGCCGACCCCGGGCCCGUCGGAGACGCCCACGUCGCUGCCCACGCAGCUCCCUUCGCCUCUACCGACGGAGCUGGACGUGGACUGCGACUUCUACGCCGUGGAGAACGCCUGGCAGGUCACGUUCUGGACCGUCGAGGGGCGCGCGCCGCUGCUCGUGGUCAAGCACACCGAGGGGGCUUCGGAAGAGGGCUACGAACGGUGCCCCGAGUGCGAAUACGCUACGAAAGGUGCCCCGAGGGACGCCGUGGGCCCCUUCUACCACGAGCGCUACAAGAACGUCAGCGCGACGAACACGCUGUGCUGCCAGAAACUCCGGCCCGCCUGGGACGCGCGCAUCGCCGCGGAGGCCGGCGUCGAGCGGGCCGUCGUCGUGAAGACGCAGGAGGCCUCAAUACCGCUCGGGGGCGAGCUCGCGCUGCGCUGGGGCGACCGCACCACUUCCUAUGUGUCGGCGACGCGCGCGCCGGCCGGCCACCUCAAGAGCGCCCUCGAGGCGCUGGACCCCUCGACGCGCGGCGGCAUCAAAGUGGAAAGGCUGUCGCGGACGGCCGAGGGCGCGGCGGCGUGGAGCCUGACCUUCGCGAGCCGCUUCGGGGCCGUCGGACCCAUAGGCGUCGACGAAACGAGGUUAGAGGGCGGCCGGGCCGUCGCGCGCCUCGACACGCGGGGCCGGGCGCCGCGCGACGUGGGCGUCUAUGCCCUGCGCGUGUCCCAGGGCAUGGCCCAGGACGGGUUCAGCGCGGCGACGCAGCCCAUCUCGGCGUCGGCGGCGCCGGCGGACGUGGCGGCGGCGCUCGCGGCCGCGGCGGAGGCGGCCGGGAUUGCCUCGUUCAACGCGACGGUCGAAACGGCUCCGAAGCUACGGGCCGCGACGCUGGCGGGGUAUGUGGUCGAAAUAGGCGGUGGGGAUGGCGAGCGCCCCGUGGUAGCUGUCGAGAGCACGCGGGGCCUGCGGAAGGGCGUCGACGUCGUGCUCACGGCAAGUGACGGUUGGCCGCAACGGGCCUACGCCGUCGCCGUCGACGCGCGCGUACCCGAUCCUAUCACGGAAGUGCAGCUCCUAAGGUGUGCGCGGUCGCACGCGGACUCUGAGGAUGAGACCUUCACGUUGACGUUCCAGGGCCUCGAGAGCCCUCCCAUCAAGUUGGGCGCGGCGCCGACGCCGGCCGUACUCCCGGCCUGCCUGGGAACCCUACCUGCCUGCCGGGGCGACGGGUCGACGCUCCUGGAAAUCCUCCAGGGUUGGCUCGUGGGCGAGGGCGUCAUUGACACUAAGGACGGCGUCGCUGUCGAGGGGGGCGAUCGGCUCUGCGCCGGCCCCAUCAACUGUCUCACAAAUGAAUGCACCAAGGCCCAGAACGCGACGCUCUACGGGGGCUGGGGCCUGCGCGCGCCGGCCGAGACGCGGAUCCGCGUGCCGGGCCUGGCGGGCGACGUCGAGCCCUUCGCGGCGCGGACGACAUACACGUCCCUGAAUCCGUGGAACCGCGGGCCGGGCCUCACGAACGGCACCUUUGUGACGAUUACGGAGGAGCUCCGGGGCCUCGCGCCGCUCGUGGCCGAGGUCCAGACCGUCGAAACGUCCGCGACCCCGACCGAGGCGCCCACCUUCGAGACGGAGGCGCCGACGUUCGAAACGGAGGCGCCGACCUACGGAACGGGCGUGCCUUCGCAGCAACCGACCGUGAUGGACACUUCAGGAAUCCACGGCGUCUUCCGCCUGGGGUUCCGGGGCGCCGCGACGAUUCCGCUGCCGCACGACGCCUCGGCGCGACAGAUGGAGGACGCGCUCAACGCGCUCGGCACGAACGUGACCGUGACGCGCGUCGCGCUUGGUACGAACAGCUACCGCUGGCGCGUGACCUUUGCGGCGGGCGGCGGCGACCUGCCCCUCCUCUCGAACCCGUCGGCGACCUGUGGCGACUCCGGCGCGGAGGAGUGCCACCUGCGCGUCGGCGAGGCGUUUUCGUCCUUAGUGGAGCCGCCGUACGGCCGGCCCGCCUCCGUCACGAUCACUGAGGUGCGACGCGGCGCAGCGUCGGUCUGGGGCUCGUUCCGCCUGCGGGCGACGCCGCCGUUCCGGCGCGGCGCCGCGACGUCGGACCUCAGGGUGGACGUGGGGCCCGUGGCCCUGGAGGCGUCUCUGAGAAGGCUGCCCGGCUGCGCGGCGGCGACCGUCUCCAUGAGAAACGCGUCGUACUGGGUCGUCGACGGCCUCGACGACGGCGUGGCCCUCGCGGUAGACGCGGAUCAACUCAAAAGUAGCGUCGACUGCGCGACGUGCACCGAAAGUACCUGGGCCGGCUGCGCGGAUUGUAUCGAUCCCACGGUCAACGUGCGCCGGCUCGUUGAUCAUGCCGUCGUGACGGGCGCGCCGGACGCCGUCGCGGCCGUCCUCUCGAAGGCGACGUACGUCCCCGAGGUCGCUUCGGUGAAAGGCGGCCUCGGGCGCGUCGCCUACGAGGUGACGAGCGGUGAAGCCUCCUCAAAAGUCGAGGGGCGCGUGUUCGUCGAGGCGACGGCGACGCCGCCGUCGCUCGAGGCGCCCGCGGUCGCGUUCGCUGACGAGGGGCGCCGCGCGCCCAUCGACGGCAUCGCAACGCGUGGGACGCGGGCGGCCGUCACCCUCGAGGCGGACGGCGGUAUUUUAUCAGUAGCGCCCGUGCGAGGCGCCGCCGUGGCCGAGGACGGCCCGAGCGUAUCUAUCAAUGGGCCCUCCGACCGAGUCAACGCCGCCCUGGCGACGUUGACCUACGAGGCGCCUCCUUCAUAUCAUUCCGACCGCCUCGCCAGGGAAGUGCAGGUGGUCCGGGCCUACGCGCCGCCCUCCCUUUUUAUGUUUGCCGUGCGGACCUGGGCCACGGGCAACGCGUUGGUUGACGGGACCUUCACGCUUCGUUUGAACUGCGACUACCUGAUCGACGACGUGAAGGAGGCCAUCAUCCUUCAUCAUGGAACCAAGAACGGCAGCCGCUUCGAUCCCGUGCACCCGAACGCGUCGAUGGGCCUCGCCGGCGUCUACGCGCGCGUCGAGCGGCGCCUCGCGAACCGGACCGUCGACAUUACUAUCGACGCGGACGCCGCGGCGCGCGGUGCGGGCGCCGCGCGGGACGCCGGCGGGGACGCGGAGGAUAUCAGAAGAGGCGAUGGCGGCAACAAGCACAACGUCUCGUUCGAGGGCAAGCUGCGCGAGGGGUUCGAUGCCUGCGCGCGCGACGCGUUGACCGUGGCCGGCGCCCAGGCCGAGUUCGACGACUGGCUCGUGGCGAAGCCGAAUGUGACGAGCUUCUUCGGGCAGGUGCUCGGCGUGAGCGUUAUUCGGGCCCCCGUCGACAUGGACGCGUGCGUGCGGCGCGGCCUCCAGCACGCGUGCGGCUACGACUGGGAGGUGACCGUCGCCGGCGCACCAUCAAGCUUCCGGGCGCCCGCCGUAGUGCGGGACGGGAGCAAUAAACCAGUUGGCAUGACCGUGAAACAAAAGUUCGCGGCGUCGUGCGGGGCGGGAGAGUGCAACCUCGCCAUGGCCGCCGACGCGACGAGCGACGUGUCCGUGCGGACGACGCGCCGGAGCGUCGCCGCCGCCAGCGAGCUGACGCUGGCCUUCGCGGGCGCCUCGACGCCGCCGCUGCGCGCGGAUGCGAGCGCUUCUGUUAUUGAAGCGGCGCUCGGCGCGCUGCCGACGGUCACGGGCGUGCGCGUGGCCCGGGACGACGAAGCCGCGCGCCGCGACGGCGGCCGUGCCUGGGCUGUGGAAUUCGACCACCUCGGGCCCCAACCGUUGCUGCGAGCGACGGCGACGGGCGGCGCGGCCGUCGUCGUGUCGCGCAAGCGCGCGGGCGCGGCAACUUUUAAAAGAAUCACGGCGCGCGUCGAGGGCGGCAACGCGGAGGUUAUCGAGGUGGUGGUCCGGCCCAAGGUCAAGGCGCCCAAGCUGCGCCUCGCCGCUGCAGAGGUCGUGGCGGGUCGUGAGGAUGAGGUGGUCGCGGGUCUGUUCGGCGGCGUCGAGGUGGAGGCGGCUGGCGUCGUGGCCGUCGAGGCGGCGUGCGAGCGGGGACCUUGUGCGUUCCUGGUGCCCACGCACGACGGCGUCGAGGCCGUCUUGGCGGCAAACUCGGUGCGCCUGCGCGGCGUUGGUCCGAGCAUUCAGAGGGUGCUGCGGAAUACUUCACUGAUACCGGGUGCUGAUGUUGAUGGUGUUGAUGUCGCGGUGCUCUCGGUGGCCGAGGGCAACAGCGUGUCGCGCGCGUUCUUGCUCGAGGCCGUCAACGACGCGCCCUCGAUCGACGCGGGGCCAUUAGGCGAGCACCUGGAGCUGCCGCGGCGGCGGGUCCUGCUCAACGGGUUCGUUGUGAGUGACGUGGACGAUGACACGUUGCUGCUCACGCUGGCGGCCGCGCGCGGCACGCUGACCAUGGCGCGGGCGGCAAGGCGAACGCUUGCUCGGUGGAGUGCGGGCGACGGCGACGGCCAGCACGCAAAACUCGAGGCGCGCGGCGCCGUUGAGGCAUGGAACAAUGCGCUAAAUUACGUGGAGUACGAACCGCCCGCCGACGACGUCGAUGACGUCGUCACGCUGACGGCGGCCGACAAUGCUUCGUCAGUGACACAGACAGUCUCCAUCAGCGUCACGGGCGCGGCCUCUUGCGCCGCCCGCAUGCUUCUCAAGGCGCAGCGAAAGUUCGCGGCGCUCGUGCGCCCAGACGCCGUGGGGGCAGCUCUCGAGGCUAAGGUAGUGACGGAGGGCGCUGUGGUGUCGCUGGACUUCUCGCUCGACGCGCCCUGUGGGAGGCAAGCGCGGUUUGUGGCCGUCGUUGCGCCCGAGAGCGGCCGCGUACGCCCGGCGGACGCCGUCGAUUUGAGCUUCGCUAGCUUCGAUGAUCUUGCGAAGGGUGCGAUGCGGAUAGAGGCGGAAACGGCCGGCGCACUCGAGAAGGCGCUCGGGCUGCUCGUCUACGAGCCGCCGCGCGACGUCGACGGCAUGGUGUCCAUGACGGUCGCCGUCGAGGCGACGGGCGGCGACGCGACGGGCGUGCUCGAAACGGAGUGGUGGUUCCGUAUUGAAUCAAGGGAUGACGCGCCUACUGUAAGUGUGGAUGUCUUCGACGACACCUUAAUAGUGGACGCGGUCGUCGCGCGCGCCGGCGCUUCUACGGACGUCGUCGCGGCCGAGGCGGCGUCGACGACUGGUCCCGCGUUCGCCAAGGGCGCCUGGAGCGUCGAGGACGAGGCGGACUUUGUCAGCGUGGCCGUGGAGGUCGCGGGCGACGUGGCGCUCUUCCUGAGCGUCGAGGAGGGCUGCCGGCGGGACGCCUGCGGCGCUUUGCAUUUUGGGAAUGGGACAAGGAGCGGCAGAUCGUUUUCCUUCGCGGCGAGUCCGUCCGACGCGAUGAAGGCUCUGGACGCGCUGCGCGUCGUGGCCGUCGCCGACGACUGCUGGCGCGCGCGCGACGACGCCGCGGCCGACAAAGCCAGGGCGGGCGCGCUGACCGUCUCCGUCGAAGACGCGGGCGGGCAGCGGGCGACGCGGACCGUGCAAAUUUCCGCGCGGCCACCGCGGCCAGGCGCGCUUUCUGUGGCGGCCUCGGGCGGCGUGGUGGAUGUAGCCGAGGACGGCCGCGCGUUGAUCAGCGGCGUCAGCGUCGCCGGCGGGCUCGGGACGGUCGAUGGGUGUGGGGACAACGAGGUGGUGACGGUGCAGAUCUCGGCGCGGUCCGGCCGUGUCGGCUCCGUGGGGAACUUCGUGGGCGUCGUCGUGGACCGCGUCGGUUCUGCGCUGCGCUUGCGCGGGCCGCGGAAGGCGGUUCAGGGGGUUCUUGAUUCUUCGUUGCCCUCGGUGGCGACGUCGUAA